GUUGUGGACGGUGCACCCCGAUAUCGAUGGGGGCUGGGCCCGCGGCCGUUGUCCGAUUUCCGAUUUGCGCGCGAACCGAACGCUUGUGGGAACUACGGGAAGGGACUACGGAGGACAUAUCGAUAGUGCAUGAAGGAAUGAGAUUAGAUGUGGUGUUUGGAUCGGAUAUGUGCUCAGGGAGGUCGAGGUCGAGGUCUGUGCGUUCGGAGGUGCGAUUCAGGCUCGGGGCCCGUGCGCAGCGGUCCGAGCACAAGAGUCUGAUGAUUUGACCGGAGAACGAGAAAAGUCUGCACCGAGUGCUGACACGGUGAAGCUCGGUAAAGUCAAUCUCACGCGAUUGGCAUUCAUGCCCUCGGAGCAGCUUCUAUUUUUAACGCUCUGGGGUCAACAGGCAAAUCGCGCGCACAGACCAAGCAGCGCUGCACGCCAAUCGCGCCAACCCGAGAUAGGCACCGGAUCGACCGCAGCGGCUGAAUAUCACUUCCACAUGCGCUGCCAUGGUGGUCUGUGCAUUUCAGUGGACCCGACUGAUCAAGUUACUCCCUCCCCUUCCUUGCUCGAUCAAUAUCAAGGUUCAGCAUCAAGGCCAGAACCGGAUAAUGCAUCGUGCUGUCCGAGGAGGGAUUCGUCAAGCCUCAUACGUCCAUGACUUCUGUUAGCUGAAUUACCCGGUGGGUUGUUGCGAUCAAAUGAAAAGCCAUGGGUGGUGGCCCCGGCUCUAUAAGAUUGGCUGUUAUCCCCCGGAUUAUUUUGGGUUCUCCUCAGCAGUAUACCUUCUGGCUUCCAUUCAGAGCCUUAAGGUAGAGGAACAUUUGAUACCCUCGCCUUCGCUUACCC